GUGUGUGUGCGAGUGUGUGAGUGUGCUGUGUUUGUGUUACACAGUCGGCAGCACUGUGCAGAGUGCACACAUCACCAGCACACCAAGGGAUAUAGGAAACAUAUCAGCUAACUGGGAGAGGACUUUGGAAGUAAACUGAACUUUUCAGCCAAAUGCAGACAGAAAAGUAAACUUCAUGAUCUUCUACAACAUGUACUGAAAUGAAAGCAGCUGACAGGCAUUAUGGACUUCACUUAUAAAAUCCUGAAAAGAUGACAGAGGCUGUGAAAAAAUGCUUGACCGCAUGCAUUGCAAGUACAGGACCCUUGAUGCCACCUGGAAUAUAGAUUCAAAAAAUCUUUCUUCUAGUUUCUUUUUUUGUCUUCAUUAGCAAAUGAAGGAUGGAUUAUGGCACUUAUAUGACCUUUUUACACAGCCACUUUACUAUGGCAUCAUCAUAGCCUACAGGUCAUCCUUGAGUAUGGUAUAUUUUUGGGACCGUCUUUAUUCCUGAAUAUUAUGAGACACCAGACCUAGUGCCACUAUUGUCUUUGCUAGAGGCAUGUAUUAUUAAAAAUAAUGGGUUGGAGACGCCGUUUCUGUCCCAGCCCUGCUGUUAUAGGUCUGGCUGUGGCAGCAUGUGUUUUCUAUCAGAGUCUGAUCCUUAUUUGGAGGAGGGCAUCCUGGAAAUAUGAGGAAUAUGCAAGUGACAUAAAAGCAGCUGAUUUAAAUGAAGCCUCAAAAAGAGAGGAUUGUGUCCUUGCUGCAAUCAAGUUAUACAGGAGAUUGAAGGAGUGUGGAGAGAGCAUACAACACGACUUGAUAUCUAGGCCUACAAGAAGGAUCUUCUUAUAUGUGCACCCAUCUCAUGGAUCCAAGGAACAGAUUGUUUACAAAGAUAUCCUAAGUCCAUUUGGAAGUAUAGUCCUUUCAGAAGAUAUUAAGGAUGUUAAAGCAGGUGUGAAAGGGACUAUAAACCAAGGCCUGGUAAACACUGAAGAUAUUAUAAUAUAUAUCCCACCUAAUAACAGUUCAGAGUCGGACUGCAAGAAGGAAAAAGACCUGAAUCAAUUUAAAAAGGUAAAUAUAAUACUGGAAGUGCAGCAGCUAUUAUGCCAGAAAGAGAAAAUCUGUGAAAUGGCAGCAAAAUUCCCAGAAUUGAAAAACCUUACAGUCUGUUCAGCUCAGUCAGAUGCAGCAAGCUUCAGAAGAAGGGACAAAAGCCCAAACAGAAGAAAAAGACGUAAUCAUAACACAAGUUCAGUAUUCAAGGCUCCCUUGUCUGGUCACUUAUUUCAGUCUCAGGAUGUGCCAGUCAUAAGGUCAUACGUGCUACUCACCUCAUCAUCACCGCUGCGUGCAUUUCUUCAUUCAGUUGGGAUCGUUCAGCACCACCCUUACCAGCACUUUCUUCCCAUAAAGCUUAAGGAAUUUUAUGAACAGUGGAACCCUCCCUUACAAGCCUUUAUUACCAUGAAGGAGAAAAUAAACACAUUUCUCCUCAGUUUUGGGGGCCUGAGUGAAACAACUUCUCUGCCUGUCGUUAACAGAUGCAAAGAAUGCUUUCAGCUUUUAACUGUGGAUGUUAGAUACGAGUCUCUGCUCCCUGUUGUAUUUGAGGUAAAAAAUAAUUUCCACUUUGAAGGACUUCAUGCAGAAUACAUGAAAGUUAAAAAACAAAUCUUGAAAGAUGCAUUUACUUUUAUUUUGCGAAAUACAUCAAGCAGCAUUCUAGAGGCACUAGAAGUUUUGCUCGAACUCUCUUCUCUAAAGAAAGAUAUUUGUAAGACUAGUCCUAUCCUAAAAGGCUUGAGGUGGGAAGAAAUAUCUGUGCUCCUCAGUUCUAUACAACAUGCACACAUGGAAGCAUUUGAGAUGAUUUACCCAUUCACCCUUGAUAAAUUAGAAACUCUGAGGAACAAAUUUCAUAGCAAGACUGACACAAACAUGAAGUUAGAAUCUAUCCCAAAUAUGCACUUGGUUCUUUCCCAGUUACUUAAAGAUUUCCAUCUGCUGAUUAACAAAGAUUCUAAUUUACAUCCAACAGUGAGAAACUCCUACCAAACAGCAUUUCAAAACAAGCAAUCUGCUUUAUCUGGUAUUCAUGGAGUUAAAGGCAUUAUAGAGAAGAACUGUAGUUACGAUGACAAUGAUCUACCGUAUGUCAGGUUCAUAUUCAGCAAUCCCCAGCUGGUGCUGCUUCCUGCUUUUAACCCCAGAAUCAAAGACUACUAUGUGGAAGUACCAUUCGAUUUGUUAAUGGUGGAAAUAGGAGCAGAGGCUGUUCACUGUGACAGUGAAGUGCACCUGGAGGAGAAGGAAGGACAAAGAACAGUGGCUUUUCCUCUGGGCCUGGGCCUUAAUCAGAUAACCAUAAAUGUAACUGAUAAAUCAGAACCAAGCCCAAUAGUAUUAAGAAGCUAUCGAAUUACUGUACAUCGGGAACAGAGACCGAGUUUGCCGUUGUUUGACCAUUACAUCAUGUGUGGCUUUGUACAGGACUGUGGAUUAAUCAUUCACCCUGACAAGCCUUGUGGAUUGUACCCGCUUUCCUAUUUUCCCAAAGCUCCUGUAAAGAAAUGUGAGAGUGGAGAUGCCAUGGGUCAAUGGAUAGUUCCCUGCCUCAGCUGCACAGACAACAGGACUUGUGACUGGCGGGCAAUAUCUUGGUACCCUUAUAAAUGCCAGCAUCCAAUUCUGAUAAAGACUGAACUGCAGGAAUGUAUGCAAGAAAGGAAGAUUCUGUUUAUCGGCGACUCAACUAACAGGGGAAUAAUGUAUUAUCUGAUAGAGCGAGUAAAUGAAACACUACAAGAAUGGCAGAAGUCUCACGCCAUGAAAUUCUACAUUAUAAAUAAAGGCAGAACAGCCAUUAGUUACUCUUACUACCCACAGUUCUGGAUAGAGGCCACAAAAAGGCCAACAUUUGAAAACACACUGGAACAACUCAUUGAAAGAUCACAACCCGUCAAGAAUUCCCAUAAGACUGUGCUGGUUGUAGGAGGAGUCCAGUGGCUAAACUCAAACCACAUGCAGAUAAUUCACAAAGUACUGGAAAGGGAAAAGUUGUUGGAUAUCUCUGUAAUUGUAAAAUCCAUAGGGAUGGGCUUUCACCUUCCUGUUCACGGUAUUCGUUCAUUAUCAACGACGCAAAUAAAACAUUUGUAUGAUGACAACCAGCUCAUACUAAACAUGGCAAAGCUGUUUGGUUACGAAGUAGUGGACACUCUCAGCAUCACAAUGGGACGCUACAAGGAAUUCAUGCAAGGGAAAUGCGGAUGCCAUUUUCAUGAGGUUGUUAAAUCCAGUGUAUCCAAACAACAACAUCAGAAAAUGAAUCUGCUGCAGAAUUACACAUUUGGAGGGGAGAUCUUUCCUCGGCUCCAACAUUUUCAAGCAAACAUCAAAUCUCCAUACCACGUACUUGGUCCAGUGAAUCAAGUUUAUUCUGAAAUUCUUUUUAGCAGAAUAUGUACAAAAAAAUAAAUCCUGUAUGUAUAACAAAGGAAUGCGCUCAACAGGCUGGAUUUAAUACAAAGAUUUCUGAUUGGCUACAAGAACUCAACUAAAGACAUGUGGCGGAUAUUUGAAAGCUUUAUGAAUUCAAUAUGUCAUUGUGCAGACUGCAGUAUCAAACUACAGAUUAUGAUGGGUGCUUCAAGUAUUGCCAAGCUCUCAGAAUACAAUACUUCUAUUAAAUGAGCAAAUACUUUUACAUUAAGUAGUAAAUGUCUAGAAAUGUUUAUUAUUUAUUUUUAUUUAUUAUUGUCUUUAAAGCAGAAAUGUAUAGAAAAAAGUUCCUGUAGAUUUUUUUCAUCGUUAUAAUAACUUAAAUAAAGUUUAACUACCAGCCUUCUACAACUACAUAUGUAAUAUAAUUUUAUGGCAUAUAAAUAAAGAAUAUUUGUACUAUAUAUAUAUAAUUGAUGGAUAAAGUAGAAAAAUAAAACUAAAAGUUAAUCUUGUAAAUUCAUUGUAUAAUCAAGACCACGUUAAAAAAAAUGGCUGGCUUGAACUAUUUUAAGUGACCAAUUAAAACAUCUGUAUUUUGAGUAUCCCCUUCUCUUAAUCUCAUGGGCACUCCUCCACUGCACAGAAGUCUGAUAGUUGGAAUCAGAAUAAACAACUACAUCAAUCAACUCCUUUCUCAUUGGUUAAUCGGUGAACUGUAACUCCAACUGCUAUCCUCUGGCAUUGCUCUCUCUCUCUUUCGCCAGCGUUGGCUUUGCCGCACUUCACCAGGACGUGGCUAAUUCACUAAAAUCC